CUAUGUAGUUGAACUAUGCAGUUUAGGCUGCGAGACCUUCACACUCUCUGUGCAUAUACAGCCAUUCGGACGCACACAAAUCAAAUACUGUCUAUAUAAAUUUGCUCAAAUCGGUGCAAGGGGUACGCAAUAAUGGCUACCACAGAUGAGUCUGCGUCUGAUUUUUCAACCCGCGUUACCCAGCAGCUUGUUGGUGGUAUAGCAGGUAUGGGUGUAGCCAUAGGAAUGGAGACGGGACUGUUUGAGAUGAUGAUCGCAAUGGGAGAGAGCAAGAAAACCAGCCAGGAGAUUGCGGACUUGGCUAACAUGAAAGAAAGAUAUGUAAGGGAAUGGUUGGGGUGUAUGGCCGCUGCGAACAUCGUCAACUUUGACCCCACAGAGGGGACGUUUUGGCUGCCGUCCCACCGAUCAAAUAUUAUGGAUUUGAAAGCUCUUGCUAUGACUGCACCCGUACUGCAAGGAGGAUUCUUCCAAGUUGCCGACUGCUUCAGAAAGGAUGGACCUAGAGGAGUUGCUUAUGGGAAGUAUCCCAAGUUUGAUGAGCUGAUGGCUAUGACACAGGGAGUAUUCUUCCAGGACCAUCUUAUUCAAGAGUUUAUUCCAUCCAUGCCCCAUCUGCACCAACAGCUACAGAAUGGAAUUGUGGUGUUGGACAUCGGGUGCUGCGAAGGUGUGUCCACGACCACCAUGGCCAAGGAGUUCCCCAAGAGUCACUUUCACGGCUUGGACCUAUCCCAGCCGGCGCUCGCCACAGCUCGAGACACAGCAUCCGCGAUGGGUCUCUCCAAUGUCGAGUUCGUCCAUGCCGAUAUCUCGCUCAUGCCGCCUGACUGGACGGACAAGUUCGACUAUCUCUUCAUGAACUUCGUUCUUCACGACCUGGCCUACACUGCAAAGGCUCUUCAGGAUAUGUACCGGGUACUCAAACCAGGGGGCACCCUCUCUGUGGUAGAGACCACGGCACACGGCAAACUCAAAGAUAAUCUGGCGGUGCCAGAUCGCGACAGCGUGGUCGUCGACUACAUGUAUAGUUUGAUGAACUGUAUGCCGACAUCACUCUACCACGAAGGUGGGGCGGGACUUGGGUCCAUGUGGGGCAGGGAGAAUGUUCGUGUGGCACUCGAGGAAGCCGAGUUUCAAGUCAUUUCCAUGACCGAUGUACCGUCCGAAUCCGGUUUACACUUCAUGUGCCAAAAAGCCACCAACGCCUGAAACUGCAACAUGACAGACAACAAUGGCUUAUAACUGCUUUGUAAAUAUUUUCUUUCUCAAUGUUUGGUUAAGCUUUAACAAGAGGGAGGAAGGGGGAAGUUCUAAGAGGAAGGGGGAAGUUCUAAGCUAGUCUAGGAGCUUAGCUUGCCGUAAAAAAAAGAAAAAAAGUUUUGAGUUAAUUUUUGGGGUAUUAUAAUUGACCAAGUAGCCAUUUCUGUGUAGCAAGUCAACGUCGAUGACAUCAAUGACAACGGUUGACACAGGCGACGGUUGUACAGUCGGUCCUUCCACGGCAGAACAGCCCAACUCGAAAAAUGACAUUUUGAGAAAAACAAGUACCUGUCGGAGAGGAGCUAUUUUUCCAUAAAAUGGGAUGAAAGUGUAAAAAGAGGCCAAGAUUGGACAGGUUAAACUUUGAAAUAGAAAAAGAAUAUCACCCUAAAUGUUACCAAGAAAUGAUCGUAAUGUGAGAAACCCAUAGGGCUAUAUAAAGCUCAUUGGAGAAACCAAGCCCGGUUCAUACUUCCUGAGAAUGCAAAGCGAAAUUUGGUGACGCAACAAUUGGUACGCGCUCCCUUUUCCCUAUAUGUGACGCAGUGAAAUUCGCUUCGCACGAAGCCUUCGCAGGAAGUAUGAACCUGGCUUUGUACCUUUACCAUGGAUGGGCCGAGCUGCUUAAUGCACAACAGUAUAAGCACAGCAAAGGUUUGCUUAAAGGACGAAUAGGGUUUUUGAUCCCUUCGAAUAUUUUAAUCAUAUUUAAAUGUAUAUACAAUCAAACUAACCCGUGAAAAUUUGCUUUCAAAAGGUGGUCUCGUUUUUGAGAUCCGAGUGAAUAAUGUCCAUGCAGGAAGAGUACCCCCCCCCCCC